AUGCAUCUCCUCUUACUUCAGCUGCUGGUACUCCUGACUCUGGGAAAGGCUGCACAGCAUGGCCACCAGAGUCAGAGUUCGGUUCCUCUUGUGGUCCUAGAAAGGAAUCGCAGAGAGCUUCCCAUGGGCAACCAAGAGGAGGCCGAGGAGAAGCCAGAUCUGUUUGUUGCAGUGCCACACCUGAUAGGUGCUAGCAUUGCCGGGGAGGGCCGGAGACAAAGAGAGAAGACGCUGUUCAGGUUUGGCAGGCUCUGGAAGAAGCCUGAGAGAGAACUGCACCCAACCCAGGACCCGGUCGGUGAGCACUUUCUACUUGGCACCCAGGCCCUCACUCAGUCAAAGGAUGGGAUACAAAUGAGGAAGUCACCUCUUCAGGAAGAAGCCAAGAAAUUCUGGCACCACUUCAUGUUCAAAAUGAGUCCGGCUUCUCAGGGGGUCAUUUUGCCCAUAAAAAGCCACGAAGUGCAUCAGGAGACCUGUAGGACGGUGCCUUUCAGCCAGACUAUCACCCAUGAAGAGUGUGAGGAAGUAGUUGUGCAGAACAACCUGUGCUUUGGGAAAUGCGGGUCUGUUCGUUUUCCUGGAGCUGCACAGAGUCUCCAUACCUUCUGCUCCCACUGCUCGCCUGCCAAGUUCACCACGAUGCACUUGCAGCUGAACUGCACUGGCCUUGCCCCUGUGGUCAAGGUGGUGAUGCUGGUGGAGGAAUGCCAGUGCAAGGUGAAGACGGAGCACCACGAGCAUCAUGCCCAGGAUCCCUUUAUCCCAGGAUUUUCAACUUAGAAAAGCUCUCCCAAUAUUACCUUUCAACAGCAAGGCCACAAUAGCAAAGUUGCUCAUUAUUCGUUCUGGAAGUGUUCAGUACUCUUUUAAGGGAAAGGUGGUAUAAAAAGUAGUAAGAUAGAGCAAGUUAGAGAUAAUGCUAUUCGUCUAGUUACCAGUACACAUUUGGUAUCCAGUUUUGGCCCUCCUGCUUACUGGCCAUAGAAGGGUAACA